GCUGGCAAAUGGUCGUGAGUCUGUCGUCAAAUAGGAGCCGGGCCAGCAGGAUGUUGUUCGAAGCCGUUUCACUCACCGUCUUGGUAUUUUUGAUCAUCAAGGCGUCGCAGCGUCCCCGCAAUUUCCCACCUGGACCGAAAGGGAUUCCGUUCUUUGGCUAUUUACCUUUCCUGUCCAAUGGGGAGCCGGUCUAUCGAACUCUGAAGAAGCUGGCCAAGACCUACGGACCGGUGGCCGGCUUCUACGUGGGACCCAAUCAGCCCUUCAUCUCGGUGGUCGGUCCCCAGGCUGUCAAGGAAGCCCUGCACAACGACGAUUUGAACGGCAGACCCUCCAACUCGGUCAUUAUCGCCCGGACCUUUGGCGAGAAAUUAGGCGUGGUUUUCACCGAUGGAGAAUUCUGGCGAGAGCAGCGGCGGUUCACCAUGCGCCAGCUGAGAGAAAUGGGGUUCGGCAAGACGUCGGUCGAGUACCAAAUGACGGACGAGAUCCGGGACCUGAUUGACGAAAUCAAGAAGCAGGGCCGGUCCAACGACGAUUUUAUUGUCGACUUCAAGGGAAUAUUUGUCGUUUCGGUCGUCAACAUUCUCUGGGCCAUCGUGGGUGGUGAGCGGUUCCAGCGCGACGACGCCAGAUUCAAGCGCCUACUGGAAGACAUCGACCUCUUCUUCCGGGUGGGCAAUCCCGUCCGAGCCAAUUUCCCAGUUCCGGUUUUUCUGCUCCGACUUUUCCCAGGAUUGAGGAGCUACUUUGGAGUCCAAACGGACAUGUUUGAGCCCCUGCAGAAAUUUAUCAAAGAGACUGUGGAACAGCACGAAAAAAGCCGGUCGUUGGACGCCGACGUUCCCCGUGAUUUUAUCGACGCCUACCUCGACGAGGUGAAACAGCAAUCGGCCAAAAAUCCUUCGACAACUUUCACCUAUAAACAAUUAGUGGCAACUGUUCAAGAUCUGAUCACCGGCGGGUCUGAAACAACUGCCAACUCCAUAGGAUUCACUUUGCUUUACCUGAUUAAUUACCCUCAAGUACAACACAAGAUGCAAGAAGAGCUGGAUCAAGUUUGCGGAACCGCUUUACCAUCUCUGGCUCUUAGGGCCAGUUUGCCCUACACUGAUGCGGUUCUAAUGGAAGUCCAGCGGAUGAACACCAUCGCUCCUCUGACGGCACCUCACCGUGCGACCAAAGACACGAAACUUCUCGGCUACAACAUCCCCAAAGGAAGUAUACUGUCAAUUAAUAUCGACUCGGUGCUUAACGAUGCCGACACCUGGAAGGAUCCGCACUGCUUCCGUCCCGAACGACAUUUGAAUGUCGACAUGACCAAAAUUGUUAAGAAUGAAAAUCACAUCCCCUUCGGCGUUGGCAAGCGGAUGUGUUUGGGCGAGCCGUUGACGAGGAACAGUUACUUCCUGUUCACGUCGGCUCUGGUCAAGACGUUCGACUUUAGCGCCAUUCCCGGACAGCCUUUACCGACGCUGGAACCCGUUGUUGGCUUCACGUCAGCCUACGAUGGAUUCAAAGCCGUCGCUAAACCUCGAUCCGGAAUUCCGACUUUUUAAUCCACCACAAAAUAUAAUAAAUAUCCAUUAUUAUAUCGCUGACCUGUGUAAAACCACGACCUCAGAAUUUGGUUCGACAAUCAAAUUUUAUUCUAUCAAUUUGCAAAAUCAAAAUGUCGUUUGAGACCACCAAAAGUUCGCAAUGCAAGUUCAUCGGCCCCCGUAUCUACAUAACCUCUUUUUGUCUAACCCAACAACCCAACAGCUGAUUCUAUUUUUGGCGAAACAACAAAUAAUGUUGGAGAGGGUCAAUGGACACACGGGGCUGAUCUUCCAACUCAAUCAGCGAGUUGUUACUCCUUGAUUUUGUUUGUUCUUAUUAUAUUUAGUCUUUUACGUUCUAUAUUCCUUUUACGUUCUCGGAAAAAACCAGUUUUGAUUUUAGUUGUUUUUGUUUGACUCGACUUUAUCUCUCACAGCUUGCUUUUGUUAUUUCCAUCUUGGGACGAGGUACAUUUUCUUAAACAGAGAAAACGAGUAUAGUCUCUCUCUUCUAUAAUUAUUACUUAUGUAAUCGCGCUAUCUAUGUUAAUUCUCUUUUUUCGUUUCUUUUUAGGCUAUGUUGCAUCAGUCUAUAAUAUAUAUCUUCUAUCAUGAA